AUGUCUUCACUUCAUUCAUCUAUACCAUACUCAUACGAACAUGUCUCACUCCCUCCUCAACCCCCCCCCCCCUGGGAACUCAUCCUCUUCAUCAUCUCCAACCUCGCUCUGAAAAAAACCGUCAGUCGCCUCAGAACCUGCCACUCCCUCUACGACUCUUACAUCCCCGUCCUCUACCGUCACAAACCCGACAAAGCAGCCCGAAGAGCUCUAAAAUGGGCCAUGAAACGACGCAAACCCGCCACCGCCCGACGUGCCAUCCUCAACGGCAAAGCAGACCCAAACGUGCACUACAGAUAUCACGGCAAAUAUCCCAGGAGUACAUUCAGGGCUAUGGAUAUGGAUACGGAGUCGGAUAUGGAGGUGGUUGAACUCGAUGAGUCUAAGGGUGCAUGCCCUCCUCUCGCUGGAGGCAGUUGA